AUGAAGCAGGCCCUGGUGGACGAUACUGAGGAUGUGUCCCUGGACUUUGGCAACGAAGAGGAGCUGGCCUUUCGGAAAGCCAAGAUCAGGCACCCUCUGGCCACCUUUUUCCACCUGUUUUUCCGAGUGAGUGCCAUCGUCACCUACGUGUGCUGCGACUGGUUCAGUUUUGUGGGCUGUUUUGUGACUGUGCUUCUCCUUCUGUCCUUUGACUUCUGGUCUGUGAAGAAUGUAACCGGAAGGCUCAUGGUGGGCCUCCGCUGGUGGAACCAGAUCGAUGAAGAUGGGAAAAGCCACUGGAUUUUUGAAGCCAGAAAGGUCUCUGCAAAUAAUAUCGCUGCCACGGAAGCUGAAGCCCGCAUCUUCUGGCUUGGCCUCAUCAUUUGCCCGAUGAUUUGGAUUGUGUUCUUCUUCAGCACCUUAUUUUCCUUGAAGCUAAAGUGGCUGGCCCUCGUGAUAGCUGGGAUUUCUCUCCAAGCUGCUAACCUGUAUGGCUACAUCCUUUGUAAGAUGGGAGGUGAGAGUGACAUCAGCAAAGUCACAGCCAGUUUCCUGUCCCAGACGGUGUUCCAGACGGCCUGCCCGAGUGACUUUCAGAAGCCUCACCUUGAGGGGCUGGAGAUCCACAAGUGUUAG